AGCGGCCCGCGGCUGCAGCGGGCGCCGAGGGCGGCGAGGCCGGGCGGGGCAGGCCCGGCUGCUCCAGCCCCUUCCGCUCCCCUCCUUUCUGCGCUCCGCUCCCGCUCGCCCCGUCCCUGCCCUGGAAGGCGCCCGGCUUGGCCUCUUUCCCCUUCGUGGCACAGCCAUGAACUAGCCGCCGAUGCCACUGCCUUCCCCUCCCGGCCCGCUCCCCUCCUCGGACCCGGAGGGAGGCCGUGGCCGGACCCGCCCAAGCCCGGGGCUGCCCGCUGAGGCGGGAGCAGAGCCCGGACCCCGGGCCUAGGAAGGAGAGGGGUAGAGGAGGGCUCGGCUGUCCAGGGAUAGACGGGAUGCAGGAGGCGGCGGCCAAAGCUGCGGGCGGCGGCCCUCAGUGAGUACCGAGGAGAGGGCCCAAAACAGGGAGCAGAACAGCCAGCUCCAUGGAGGUGACCUCAGCUGUAGAGAGAAGUGGCACUGAGCCACAGCCCAGUAAUGGACACCUCCCAAGAUCCUGGCCCUGCCCUCAGGAAGACAGAACACCCAGUCUGGUGGCCCCCCAGCCUCUUAGGGCAUGGGGGAUACAGCUCCAAGGCCCCUCUGUGCUGGAGUCCAAGGUCAGGGCCUUGAAGGAAAAGAUGACAGCAGGAAAACAGGGGGUAAGCCCCUGCCUCUCUGCCCAUGAACGGUCAUCCCCCAAAAAACCCAAAUGCCGACGAGUCAAAGCGGGUGGAACCAGGACUCCAUCAGAGGGGUCCCUCCUGCCGGAAGCUGCGGUGGUCCUCCAUGCUCGGAACCUGACUGACAGGCAGUUCAUCAGCAGUGUCAGUGAGGAGAAACCCGCCAGGAAUGGGGGUCCCGGACCUCCCAGGCCACCUCCCCCUGGGCUCAAGUGCUGGAAUGAGAAGAGCCCAUGGCCUCCAGAAGCCGUGUGGACACUGCCUCACCACGAGAGGGGGCUGCUGCCAGGUCCCGGCUCUUUGCACAACAACCCCCUCCACAGACUCACUCCAGGCUGGCCUAGGGGCCCCGGGCCUUGUAACGAGGUCACCCAUACGCCCAACCUGAGGAAAGGAAGGUCACACCUUCUUUGGGAGGGUCUAGGCACAGGGGGAGACCUGGACAGCUUGUCUCUGACCCCCAAAGAGGAUUUUGUCCCCAGGCCAGCCCUGCUGGGAGGGCUCUGGAGAGCUGGAGACCUAGGGGCCCUGGACACGGGGGGCAGCGCCUUGCCCCUGUCUGACCGGGUGGAGAGGAACCGCCUUCUGCUGCAGGAGAUGCUACUUGUUGAGGGGAAGGGGCCCCCCAAGGUGGGACUCCAAGCCUGGCCUCCAUCCUGGGACAGAACUGGACCAGAGCGACCAGCAGGGGACGUGGAUUGGGACUCGGGAAUCUCCCUGCAGGACUCGGACCAGAACAGGACCUCUGGACCCAAGCCGGAGCCCGUGCUGAGGAGCCCCACGCAUGAGGAAGCCAAGCACCAGCUGCAGCGUGCCCGCAUGAAAGCCAGGACCCGGCCCCUCCGUGCCAGCCAUGAUAUCGUGCCCACCGUGGCCCAGGGCAGCCGAGAUGGCGGGAGAAGCCCAGCCCUGGACCGGAGGACGCCCUUUGCCUGCAGAGACCAGCUCCAGAACGGAAGCACGAGUGACUCCUCCAGCGGGGAGUCCAGCAGUGGGCAGUGGCCGAAGCGGGGCCCCUCCCCGUCCCACGUCCGCUUUGAGGACGAGUCUGCCCGAGAGGCCGAGUCCCGCUACCUGGAGCGGCUGCAGCAGCGCCAGCGCCAGGUACUGAGCCCCGCGCUGCAGACGGGCGACCAGGGCCCCCUACGCUCCAAGCCCGAGCUUGCAGACUACAUCGCCGGGGGCCUCCAGCGCAGGGAUGCGGGCGAAGGGGCUCUGCACGGGCUUGUGGGCCGCCUGGACCAGAGGGCCCUCCCGGCGCCGCCGCCCACACGGGGCAGCCAGAGAACGUGCAGAGCCUGCGGCAGCUGCAUCAAGGACCGACGGCCUGUCCAGGGGAAAGCAGCCCCCAACCCCAGGGUCCCCCAGGAGCGCGAGGCUGCCUCCGGACUGGAGGGACCGUCUGCUGAGCCCCCGGGCUCUCGCGGCCUGAGCGCCCCCGUCAGGCUCCUCCCCGCCAAGCAGGGGCUCCGGGAGACACACGUUGGAGACUCGGUGCGCCCAGAGGAGGUGGACUCGGCCCUGGACAGCACGGACACAUCGGACAGCUGCAGGACCGACAGCGAGGAGGCUGGGACCUCGCAGCCCAGCAGGGCCCGCGGCCCGGCCCGAGGCAGCAGCCCCCGUCCGCGGGGCUCCAGGCCUCGAGGAGGCCACAGAUGGUCCCGGAAGGAGCCGUCGGAGAGCCCUCGGGCCCCACACUACCUGCCUGCUGUUGAUCUCAAGGAGGUUUCAGAUGAGGCAAAAGGAGGCAGAGGACACACGCCUGAGGGGGCUGUGUUCCCCAGAGAAGAUGCUUUCUCGCAGCUUCCUGUGCAAGGCUCUGAGAGGGCCUCCCUGGGGCCCCAGUGGCAACCAGGACCAGGAAUGGGAAACCCCGGUUCUCACCCUGUGGAUUCCUGGGCUCCGUUCAGGAAAGCCUGUGCCACCACCUCAUUCAUGAAGCUGGUGUCCCCUGGGCCAGACAGACAAACCCAGGUUAUUGAAAGUCAUGAGUCUCUGGAAACGGUGCCCCUGCAGCAGAACCACGACGAGCUCUCUGCCCCCUAUCAGGCCCAGCAGCCAACUGCCUCCCUGUCCCCCGAAGGAUGGGUCCCAACUCCUCCUUCUUCCCGGAACACCGCCUCACCUGGGUCUCACCGGAAGGCAGCCCUGGCUGGGCCUCGCAGGCCAGGUGACCAGGGAGAGUCUAUGGACAGCCCUCCGUCUCCUUCCAGAAGUGUAGUGCCCACGGCCUGUGAGCUCAGCCCUCCGCAGACCGAGUCCUGCAGCCCCCACGUCAGCCAGCCACUGCUGAACCUGUCCUCCAACAACUGCAACAACAGCCUACCUGGGAGGCUGCAGGAGCCCGGGGGAGGCGUCAUCCAUGAGGGCGGGGUGCUGCAGGGCACCCGCAGCCAGGAGCCCGAGGCGCCCCUGGACAACUGCAGAGAUGGUGUCGGCACCAUCAGCUCCGUGGCCAUCACCCUCUCCCUGGCCUCAGAGGAGCCAGAGUCCAGCCAGGAACCAGAGGGAGGUCUGCAGAGGACAGCGCUGAGUUCCCAAGGGCUUGUGUCAUCCGGAGCACUACCGGGGGUCAGUGCAAGACCCGGCCCACCCUCCGCUGCCCCUUCUGACAGGAACAAGAAAAGCAGCAGCAGCAUCGCCUCCACCCUGGGGCUGAAAAAGUUCUUCUUGGCCCUGGGCCAGGGCACACGGCCCAGGUUGGGCAAGUCCCGCAGCUGCAGCGUGGAGCAGCUGCAGCCCCCGCUGCCUGGCUCGGCUUCACACAGCAGCACCCCCAAAGUGAAGAGAGCCCCAUCGUUACAACACCUGCAUCUGGUGUCACCCCCUCACCAACAUCGAAAAGCUGCCUCCUUUCAGAACCUCCAUUCUCUGCUGAGCGGCAAGGUGGACCGAUCCAGCCUCUACCUGGUAGGGGAGCCAGGGGACGACAGUGCAGCUGGCCGGUUAGCCAAGGCCCCACCCCGCCGUGCCCUCAGCGUGGAGGAUGUGGGUGCCCCCAGCCUGGCUCGCACAGUGGGCCGCGUGGUAGAGGUGUUCCCCGAUGGCACAAGCCAGCUGCAGCUCCAACGCUCCCCGGAGGGCACUUUUGGCUUCUGUGUGGCCUCAGGGAAUGGGCGCCGGGACUCAGGGCUCUAUGUGCAGGAGAUGGCUGACACGAGCACGGCCAAGCUGUACUCGGGGCUGCUGGGGGUGGGGGACGAGAUCCUUGAGGUGAACGGAGCCAAGGUUGCAGGGCUGGGCUUGGCUCAUGUGCAGGAGCUCCUGGCCCACGCAGAGAGCGUGUCACUCCGUGUGCUGAGACAGAGGCCUGUCCCACGGUGACCCAGAGGGGCUUUGGCCGUCACUGUCACCCCUCAGAAGCCACGAACCACCCCAGGGAGUAUGACUGGGAAAGCACUGCCCAAAGCUGCUGGAAGAGCAGGGUGGCACGACGUGAACACUCUGGACUGUGGCUAGGUUUUUGUGAUUGACCACCCUAAAGAGAGGGAAGGAGCCUGUUUGCGUAUUUUGUGUGAGGAUGUUAAUUUAUGCAGAACCAGGGAAAAGAGCCAGGGAAAGAAAUGUGGGUGCCCAUGGCUGAGGUGGGGUCAGCAGCUUCCUGCACCUUUGCUGGCAGGGGGAGGAAAGAUUCAGCAGAUCCUUCUAUUGGUCCCUGAGCUUCGGUAACCUCUCCCCCAAGUCCCAUCCCACUCCUGGUCAAGGGCUCCAGCAGCUUCCCACACUCCAGAACCAAAGAAAUGCUGGGCCGUACUCGCCUGGAGCCUGCCUGUUUCAGUCUCAUUUCUCCCAAGUCCCAUUUGACAUCUUUGCUCUUUUUCCAGAAAUGGGUGAAGUGUCCUGGAGUAACAGCCUUACAGCCACUGACCACCCAUUCCAAACCAAAAGUUAGGACAUAUGGUCUGUUGUGAGAACAUCUGAGAGAGGUUAUCUGGUAGCCAGAAUAUUAAGAACUUUUGUGAUAUAUCAGGUUGAACAAAAAAGUGAAACAGAGACCAAUUUCAGGGACGUGCUGCUGUGGCCAGUGAGACUGGCCAGACAGCCUCGUCCCCAGCACCCCGCCCUCGGCCUCUACCCAGAGCGAUGCUGAAGCUACCAGAGCCUGGCCACGAAGGCCUCUCUUCCUCCUCUGUCAAGCUUGGACACUGGGCUGUAGCUCAUGCCAGGCUGUGCCCAGCCACAAGCUCUCUGCGCAGACUCCCUGACAGCAGCUGUGGGUGGCUGGCCAGCAGGGCAAUGGCAUGGCACGGGCCAGGGCGAUGGCUUGUCCCACCUGGCCACUUCCUCUCUCGAGGCUUGAAUACUGCCCAAAGAGUUAGGACUUUCUGUGAGUGGAUGGCUGUGUGUCAGUCUUAAAUUAUUAAAAAGCAAA